UCUCAGAAUGCAUCGAAUUUACGGAAUAAUUCCAUUGCUCUUGAUCAUAUCGCAAUUGACGAAUGCCAAAGAACCGGAAUGUGGACAAUUUAAAGAAGAGCAAGUUCUAAAGCAGGAUGACUAUGCCAUUCCCACAGAGCAUCAGUGGUUGGCCCGCAUCACAUAUGUGAAUGGUUCAAAGGUAGAGAAUACUGGCUGCUUGGGUGCAUUAAUCUCUAAGAGGAAUGUGCUAGCACCUGCCCAUUGCUUUGUCCGGCACAACGGACAGGCGGAGGCGUAUGGUGUGCAGUUGGGUGUGUGGAAUAAGAGUCGAAAUGCCUACGAGGUUAGCUGCGAAUCGGAUGGUUAUUGUGUACUGCCGCCACAGGAAAUUAAAUUGGCCGAAAUAGCCAUUCAUCCGGAAUACGAUGCGUUGACAUUGAAAAACAGUCUGGCGGUCCUUACGCUGCUGAGGGAUGCCAAGUUUACACCAAAUGUGAUGCCCAUUUGCAUGCCACCGCCAGAUCUGGCCGAGAAGUCGCUGGUUAGUCAGAUAUUUAUGUUGGCCGGCUUGCGAACCAAUAAGGAGCUAAAGCACAAGACUUGGGUGAAUACCAUAAGUCGUUCCCUGUGCCAAAACAGCGCCAAAUCUCUGGUGACCAGCAAAAAUACGGUUUGCGGCUAUCAGGAACAAAGCGAAACCUAUUAUCCCGGAGCUGCUCUCGUCGGCAUCCAGGUGAGGAACGAUGUGCCACAGAAUUACUAUUUGGUUGGCCUUCUACACGAUUGGACCAGAGUCGAUAACCGUGUCUUGUCCAGCUUCCUGAAUAUACAACCCUAUAUGAAUUUCAUUAGACUUAAUUCCGAUUCCUUAAUUGUACGCUCUUAAAGACCAACAUAUUAAAGAUGGGACCUGCAACUAA